AUGUCCUCCUACAGUUGCAUCUGCGGAAAGGUGAAGGUUGAGUACAGCGGCAACCCCAUGUUCGUCGCCUACUGCCACUGCGUCGAGUGCAGGAAGACUUGCGCUGCCCCCUACUUCCACGGCUCUGGCUUCCCCAAGGACAACGUCAAGAUCGUCAACGGCGAGAGCACCGGCAGCUUCGCUGCUAAGCAGAUGCCGCGUCACUUCUGCAAGGACUGCGGAACGUACGUGUACGGCAACGCCGGAGAGUUCUACGUGCUCCCGUGCGGCCUGAUGGACAAGCCUCCUGCUGCUCAGUUCCACAUCUGGACGAGCGAGAAGGCGAUCCCUGUUCUCCCCGAGGACGGUCUCCCCCGCUUCGAGCAGGGACCCAAGUGA